AUGGAGCCACUCAGUGCGCUUGCAUUCGCAGGCAAUAUACUCCAGUUCAUUGAAUUUGCCGCAGGUAUCAUCUCAACUAGCAAGGAAAUAUACCAGUCAGCAGAAGGAGUAUCAAAGUCGUAUCUUGAGGUUGAGAAUGUAUACCAGAAGUUGGCAGACCUGAGCAUGCGGCUCCAAGAAUCUGGCACAGCCAACAAUAGGCCUAGACUUGUCUCCAGAACUGAGCAAGAGCUGACGAGCCUCGCAAAGUCGUGUAAAGCAGACUGUGACCGGCUCCUAGAAGCGGUCCAACGACUGAAAGUCGAGGAGGGAAAAGGCCGCCGAUGGAAAAGCUUCAGGGCUGCUCUGAAAACCGCGUGGAACGGCGAGCAAGAGAUUGAAGAGCUAAGUGCUCGCUUGAGGAAUAAACAACAGGUAUUGAAUUUGCACGUUUCUGCAGUUACGAGUGAACACCUACGGAGACUGACGAAUGACGUGCAACGGCUCAUCGAUGUGAACAUCAAGGCUAGAGGUAGCCACUCCGAGCGCCUGGACGAUAUCUCGUCUACAUUAAGCGAUGUCAAGGACUUGAUCGCUGCGUCAAAAGACCCACGUACACCCGGUACCAUUACGAGUCUCGACAUCGAGAAUCUCUCUGAAAGAUUUUCAAAUAUUGCUGUGUCUGAACGAAGUGUUGCAAAGGAGCAGGCCAUCCUGGAUAGUUUAAAUAUUGAGCGCAGAGCUGACAGAUAUCACGCUAUUGCCGAUGCGCACAUCGAUACAUUCCAGUGGAUAUUCGACGACUCGCAAAAGAGACACAACGGGGGCAAGGAUUUCAUCACUUGGCUAAAGAACUCGGACGGUGUUUUCUGGAUUGCUGGAAAGCCAGGCAGCGGGAAGUCGACUUUGAUGAAGUUUCUGGCAGACCAUGAGCUUUCUUGUCAAGCAGCUAGACAAUGGGCUGCACCAGGAGAUGUCAUUAUCGCAAGUCACUACUUCUGGAUUUCUGGUACCCAGUCACAGAGAUCAGAACGAGGGCUUCUACAAGACCUUCUGUUUGACAUUUUCCGGCAAUGUCCUACCCUUAUUGAGGCUGCUUGCAGCUCUCGAUGGGAAACUCACCCUUCUGAUUUGCGCAUCCGACAGUGGACAGUUGCGGAGCUUCGUAAAACCCUUUCUGCUAUGGCAAACCUAGAGUCUGUGGGAAAGAAGUUUGUUUUCUUCGUCGACGGGCUUGACGAACAUGAUGGGGACCAUCUGGAUCUGUGUCGAAUGCUACUUGAGUUGGCGGAACCAUCUUCCAGAGUUAAGAUAUGCGCAGCCAGCCGGCCGUGGAACGCUUUCGAGGAGAGCUUCGGAGACCAGCCAGGUCGCAGGAUUGACAUCCAUGACCUUACUCAUGACGAUGUUGUCCGCUACACUCAGAGUCGCCUAGCAGAACACCCGCGGUGGGGUCAGAUCUCGCGGGAGUUCGUCGAAACAGCACCGUUGGUCGAGAAGAUAACUUCAAGAGCCCAAGGUGUGUUUCUUUGGGUCAAGCUAGUCACACAGUCAUUGAGAGAUGGAAUGACAAACUACGACACCCCGAAUGAUCUGCAAAAGAGACUUGAGAGCUUACCGUCUGAUUUAGAAUCUCUCUAUAAAGUCACUUUGGAUUCCGUGGACCAAGUAUACCAUCAAAAAAUGGCCGAGACACUGAAGUUCGCUUUGAGUCGGUCCGCACCCACUCACUGGAUUAUUCUUGCACUGCACGAGCGAUCUUACCAUAAUCAACAUUACGCAAGACAUAUUGCACGCAAUGAUCCCAUUUUUGACAAAUCAGAAAUGGUCAAGAAGCAGACAUUGAGGCAUUUAAGCACUGUGCCAUCGCAACAUUGGAACGAUAUAACCCAGAGAAGCCUCAGACAUUUGAACCAAAUGGACAUCAGGAUUGGAAAUCGCAUAGCACUGAGGCAUCUACUACGUCCUUGUAGUGAAAACUUGGAGCACACUCAAAGGUUUUUGGAAGACGUGUUUGAGUCUGAAGUCUUCGAGCUACUUGACGAUUUGCAAUGCUUCCUGGCAGAUAAACCUGACCACAGCGGGAUGUGCUCAGUUUGGGAAACCGAUAUCGCGACUCGAGAGCACGGAACGGGCAGCGGUCUUCUCAAGCCUGUUGAUGCUGGUGCAUUAGCCGAAACAUGCCUGAGUAGAUUUGUCGAACUUCACCGAUAUUCCCUCCAUAAGUUGUCUCAAGAUCCAGAUUAUUUUCGGCCUCUCAAUAUUCCAGCACUCUGGUACGUUCUUCGCAACCAGACGGAUCACCCGAAUGGCCAUAAUAAGAUGGCUUUGAUUCACAAGCUGCUUGACAGUGGUUACGACCCAAAUCUUUCGUUUCCAUUUCAUUAUAUGAGUUACGAUGCCUUUUGCUUCUCAUGGGGAGUCAGUCUUAGUGACACGUUGUUAAUGAAGAAUAACGGCGAUGAAAUUCGUCAUGUAACAACGCCGUGGCUUUGCUACCUUGAAAGCAUUGGUAUUUCCUUUACUUUAGGCCCGUGGCGACUCCCGGAGAAGUGGCUGCAUCUAAAGUCGUACGAGUAUUCGAUUCUCUGGAAGUUUGAGAGGCGGCCGAGCUUGGAAGAACUCCAUGUCCUUUUGGAGGAUGCCUUGGAAAAUGGACUCUUUUCCACGUUGCUCCUGCGAGGCGCAGACCCGAACGCCCAGUCAUCGCCAUUCGCCGUCGUAUGGUUGAGUUUUGUCUGCCUCGCUUUCACCAAAGAUGAUUUGAAAAGGCUCGACGUCGCGUAUCUUCGGAUACUAGAUGGUUUUCUUGAUGCUGGGGCUGACUUGGGAGCCACUACAAUUGGAUUCACCCGGGAUCCAGGAAGCAGAACCACUCGGCUUCCCCUCUGCACGAUCACGGGAUGGGAUUUGUUUUGCGAGCACCUGGAACUCAUGUCGACGUUGCAUCCUCCGCCUGAUAUCACCUUCAUUUCCAAGGUCACGAAAAGGAUGAUCAAGCAGGCAAUUGCGGUCAAAUGGCCCCUUGGGCGGCUGCAGACUGUACUGGAAGUGGCUUUCCCCCAAGAGCUACGCCAACCCUUGCUCGAUCUCAUCAGUCUCACAAUGUCACGGAUCAGUGGAAAACGGAAUGCUGAGGAGCUUGACGAAGUUGUUGUCGAAUCCAAACGCCUCAAGGCUCUCGCCUAG